UUGCAUCUUUACUUCAAACUUGUAUGACUUGUACACAUAACAUGUUGUAUGAACAUUUUUCAUUGUGAUGCUCCAUGUUUAUGCUAUGUUCCCCAAGGUUGUAGGUAGCCUAUUCUGCAACAGUGCUAUAACUGUCCUUCUCAGCUGAUGGUUUUGCAGCAAUACCCCCCACCAGCAGAGGGUGCUGAAGGCCCGGACACAGAGGAGCAGAAUGAUGAUCACAGGUUGGGGGUCUAUGGCUGGAGGAAGCGCUGCCUCUAUCUGCUGGUGCUUCUCCUGCUCUCCACCCUGCUGGUCAACAUUGCCCUGACAAUCUGGAUCCUCAGGGUCACCUGUCUCAACACAGAAGGAAUGGGGCAGCUGAGAAUAACAUCAGAUCGGGUGAGGCUUGAUGGAGUGUCCGAGUUCCUCUUCUCUCUCUACGCCCAAGAGAUACACUCCAAACAGGACACCUCCCUUCUUAUCCACUCUGAGUCCCAGAAUGUCACGCUUCAAGCCUGCAAUGGAAAAGGUGUGUUAGGUAGCCUUAACUUGGGUCCACAAUCCAUGGAAAGCGUAGGACAACAUUUUGAGGUGAUGACAAGCACUGGGAAAUUGUUAUUUUCUGCUGGUACAGAACAGGUAGUUGUUGGAGUGGAUAAGCUAACCAUUACAGGGUCUGAUGGUGCUCAGUGUGAACAUUCUAUAGAGACAUCCCUGGUCAGGGCAGAGCAUUCCAUGGACUUGAGGCUAGAGGCCCCCACCCGAUCCCUCCACCUGGAUGCUCCAAAGGGAGUCCACAUCAAAGCAGUGUCCGGCAGCGGCCAGGCCGUGUCCAGCAUGGACAUCUCUCUACUCUCUAUGGACGGAGUGUUGAUUCUGGAUGCUGAGAGGGUGCAGCUGCCCAGGUUACCUCUGAGUGGAGAAGGAGAGAAAGGGAGUCCUGGGGAGCAGUUGUAUGAAGUGUGUGUGUGUCCUGAUGGAAGACUGUACCUGUCCAAAGCUGGUCACACCUCCACCUGCCAUGACAACAGUCACAAUUGUUAAAAGACCACACUCUAUUAUCUUGAGAUUUGUAUUUACCUGGGAUUAUAUUUAUACAUACAUCAUCAUAUAUUUUAAUAGUUUUUUUUCACAGCUUCAUAU